AAUUUGGCAUUCAAGGCUCAUUCUAAAGUUUUAAUUAGUUCAGUAAGUUUUAAGAAAAUUCCCCUCCCAUAGAAAUUCCGUUUCGGUCAUCCAAAAACAAUGAAAUCUUCUGUUUUAAAUUUCUAAAUCUGAAAAAUAACCCAAGCCCGUAAAAAUCCUGAAAAAAAAUAAGAAAUAAAAAAAAUCCAAAAAAAUACCCCUAGUUAAGUAAACUGUUCUUGGCGACUAUACGGCUUAAGGAUGUAUCAGCAAUAUUGCAAUCCCUGCAUGAGAAAUGGACUUCAGGACGAAUGUGGAAAUAGGCUAAGACAGAUGUCAUAUUCAUAUGACCGUCGUCCGGGUUCAUGCCCGACGAGCUUCAACGUCUACUCAAGUAGAAGCGUUUGCAGUGGCCGUGACAGAUCACUGAGAGAACGAUGCGAAGGCCCAACUGAUAGAAGUGGAAGACGUAGUGGCAGAGGUUCAACUCGAAGGGAUAGGAAAGGAGAUAAUGAUAAUGAGUAUACGGACAGCGAACCCUUUACUAUUCCAUAUCGAACUACCUAUUAUCCUGCUGGACCCUUUGGACCUCGGAUCGAACUUUGUCCCUAUGUUCCUAUAACUGAAUGUGCAUAGGUAGACCGUGACAAGGACUUAUUAGGUAUUGCAGGAAUCUUAACUACUCCAUGCAUUUGCAUCGCCGUUGGUAAACUUCUGGGUAAAUAAGUUAUGCAAAGGAUCUUUGGCUAAUUUACUGCAACAAUUUGGUUUUAUUCUCUAAAGUUAGAAUGGAAAUCCGUUACAAAUAAAGGUUUUUAGGAAU